AUGUCCGCCCCCUCGCCCCCGCCGCCGCGCCCGCCCCUGCCCCCGCCCGGCGUGGAUCAGAGCGCGUGGCCCGCGCCGCCCAAGUGCCCCGGGUCGGCGCUGUGCGACGCCUCCGGCGCGGACAUGAGGCGCCAAGCCCCGAAGGUGUUCGACGUGGUGUUCCACACGACGACCGGGGACGUCCGCGUCCGAGCGUGGCGCGACCUCGCGCCGGCGGGCGCCGACAGGCUCUACAACCUCGCGCGGCUGGGAUACUACGACUCGUCGCCGCUCUACCGCAUCCUGCCCGGCUUCGUCGCCCAGUUCGGCGUCGCCGCCGAUCCGUCAGUCUCCGCGGUGUACGAUUGGCGAAAAAACUCACCCGGCGCCAUCCUCCCGGACGAGCCGACGCACGCGUCCAGCUCGGGAAACGCCAAGCACUGGAUCUCCUACAGCGCCAGUUACGACUCUAUAACCGGUACGGCCACGAACAGGACCGCGGAGCUCUUCAUCAACCUCGCGGACAACAGGGAUCGGUUAGACGCCAAAGGGUUCGCCGCGUUUGCGAAAGUCAUCCAAGGCGAGGGCGCGGUGGACGAAUGGUUCGCGGGGUACGGGGAGAUGCGAGGCGCGUGCGACCUGCACAGGGACCGGGGUUGGGUGUGCGAUGGACCGGAGGAAACACAGCUGUACGCGCGGGGCGUCGGGUACGUAAACUCCGACUUUCCGAGGUUGGAUCGUAUCGGGAGAUGCGACGUGGACGUCGACCCGAAGGGCGCGGAUGUCGACGACGGCAUCGAGCAUCUGUCGCACCUCGGCUCGCACAGCGCGACGUCGUGGCUGGCGAUCGCGUUGGUGUGCGUGUGCGGAGCCGGCGCGUGGGGAGCGGCCGGACUUGGAGGAUGA